UUUGGGAGCUGAUGUCUUAGCAUAUAUAAUGAAAUACUGACCCCGAGCACUGCAUACGAACUGAGCUCGUGCAACAGUCAUCACCAAAUCUUGAUUUAAACAGAAUCCUUCACCAUGAAAGUCGUGUUCCUCGUGUGUGUGUUGGCUGCAGUGGUGUACGCCCACCCUCAUGAGUCCCAUUACACGGACAAAUGGGACAACAUCGACCUGGACGAGAUUCUAAACAACAAGAAGAUUCUGGCUUCUUAUGUGAAAUGCUGCCUGGACCAGGGCAAGUGUACACCUGAUGCCAAGGAAUUGAAGUCGCACAUUAAGGAAGCUUUGGAAAAUCGAUGUGGUAAAUGUACCCCAGCUCAGAAGGAUGGUACUCGCAAGGUGUUGACACACCUCAUCAACUACGAGCCAGAAAUGUGGAACCAGCUCUGCGAGAAAUACGACGCCGAAGGCAAAUACAGAAAAAUGUAUGAAGACGAAUACAAAUCCGUUAAACACUAAAUAACUUAUUUCAUGAAAAUAAAGUAUUUUUGAGACCA